CACUAUAACUGCGAAUUGCGAUACGACGAAUAUGUUGUACCGACGAGAAGUGAGCUCUGCCAGCAGUAUAAAUAUCGAGAACGACCAUAAAAUUAUGACGAUGCUAAGAAGAACAGGCUGCCUUACGUUGCCACAAUAUCAGAUGAGAAUGCUUAAUGGAUAUAAUGAAUGUGGAGAUGUAAAUAGACGAUCACAAGUAUCGGAGAAAAAAAUUCAAUUCUCACGAAACGUUCAGCACUUGCAUGUGAAAUGUCAUCAUGAUAAUGAAACUGAUAAGGAUGACCGGCCGGCUGAAACAAUCGCUAAAACAGAUGUAGCAGUUGAGACAAAAGACUUUCCUACGGAUAAACCGUCUCCAAAUUCGACAUUACGAAGAAUUUUCAAUAGGACCAACAACAUAAUCGAUCAGACUAGAACCGAGUUAAUCGAUGCUGGCAACUCAUUUAUUGCGACGUAUGUUAAAGACUUUUUGGAAGCGGAAUUAAACUUCUAAAUAAAUUACUUACUCUGAGUGAAAAAAAAGCUCAAUACAAGGUCAAAAAUAUACGCACUACUUUCAGUCACUUCGACUGGAAUACAUUUGAUGUGCUGCUUGCUGAGAUGAUGUGACAAAAAACAAUUUAAGUUAUAGAAAAGUAAUAAAUGUU